AUGCUGGACGAUCCGGUUGACCCGGUUGACCUGGUUGACCUGCAGAAGUGGCGCAUUCUCAACCGCCUGCACGACCGCAACGAGACACUGUACUAUCGGGUCUGGAUAGACCACAUUCAGGAGAUGAGUCGCAUCCUGUACAUGCCAACAGUGGGCACCGUGUGUCAAAAGUACAGCAGUCUGUUCACUGCUCUCUUCUCCUCCUGCCUCCCUGCUCCCCUGCUCGGUCCCUCCUCUGCCUCCCCCCACCAAACACACAUCAGGCGCCCCCGAGGCAUGUACUUCAGUGCGGCUGACAGGGGCGAGAUGGCGAGCAUGGUGCGCAACUGGCCGGCUGGCAAGGUGGAUGUAAUAGUCAUGACAGACGGCAGCAAGGUGCUGGGCCUGGGAGACCUGGGAGUGCAGGCCAUUCCCAUCCCGUGCUGGGAGGCUGGCCGACCCGUGGAUGUGAUAGUCAUGACGGACGGCAGCAAGGUGGAUGUGAUAGUGAUGACGGAUGGCAGCAAGGUGCUGGGGUUGGGAGACCUGGGAGUGCAGGCCAUAGCCAUUCCGGUGGGCAAGCUCGACAUGCCCGGUGAGCUAGGGGGUACAGAAGGCCUGGUGAGUGGUGCACCUGGUGAGAGUGGUGUGACGGACUGGUUCAGGAAGAUCGACCUGGGAGUGCAGGCCAUAGCUAUCCCGGUGGGCAAGCUCGACAUGUACGUCGCUGCUGCGGGCAUUCCACCCAACAGAGCCAUGGCCAUCCCGGUGGGCAAGCUCCACAUGUACGUCGCUGCUGCUCUCAUUCCUCCCAACAGGGUGAGUGGUGGUGCGGCUAAUAUUAGCGUCAAUGAAUGUUUGAUGUUUGAUGUCGGCACCAACAACGAGGCUCUCAUAAAGAAUCCCCUCUACCUGGGGUUGCGCCACCCUCGCCUGGACGGGGAGCACUACCUCUCUCUCAUGGACGAAUUCAUGGAAGCUGUAUUCGUUGAACCCUCCACCCAUCCAAGCACAUCUCAACCAAUUCCUGCCCAUUCUCACCCAUUCUCACCCAUUCUUACCCAUUCAGACCUGGGCUUGCGCCACCCUCGACUGGAUGGGGAGCACUACCUCUCUCUCAUGGACGAGUUUAUGGAAGCAGUCUUCUCUCGCUGGCCCAACGUGAUCGUGCAGGUAGGUAGCACUCGUUCAGGUAGCAUCUUCUGGUGCGUGCAGGUAUCACCUGGCCUGGGAGCACUACCUCUCUCUCAUGGACGAGUUCAUGGAAGCCGUCUUCUCUCGCUGGCCCAACGUGAUCGUGCAGUGGUACAGGCGGUGGGAGGGAGGGCACUGAAAGGGGGAUGUGAGUGCAUGUGGGCAGCAGGGGCCAACGCCCUCAUGGAUCGCUACAAGUCACAGUACCGCAUCUUCAAUGAUGACAUCGAGGGCACAGGCGGAGUGGCAGUAGCAGGCAUUCUCAAUGUCCUACGAGCACAGCACCUCCCUCUUUCCGCCCCGUAUGGCACAGGCGGAGUGGCAGUGGCGGGCAUUCUCAACGGCACAGGCGGAGUGGCAGUGGCGGGCAUUCUCAACGUGCUGAGAGCGCAGCACCUCCCCCCUAAAGCUCUCGCCGACACCAGAGUGGUGGUUGCCGGCACUGGCAGGUAUGAGGUGGGAAGGGACGGGAAGGCGGGGGGGGAAGGGCAGGGGGAAGAGCAGGGGCAACUGACUGGCAGGUACAUGCUGAGAGUGCAGCACCUCUCCCCUAAAGCUUUUGCGGACACCAGAGUGGUGGUUGCUGGCACUGGCAGGUGCGGGGUGGUUGGGGGAAGGGACGAGAAGGAUGCGCUAACAGGCACGGACUGGGAAGCAGAGGGGGUGCUGACAGCAGUGCGGAGGGCAAUGGCAGUGCAGAUCGGGCAGGGUAAAGCCGCCAUGGAUCGGGCAGCUGAAAACUUCUGGCUCGUGGAUGACCAGGGUCUCAUGACCGACGCCAGGGGCCUGAUGACAGACGCGAGGGUGAGCUGUGCCUCGGAGUUUGAAGACUUCUUGAGGCGGGAAGAUGAGGAUGAGAGGCUCAAGGAGGGCACGAGGGUGAGCUGUGCCCUGGAGUUUGAAGACUUCUUGAGGCGGUCGAACGAGGAUGAGAGGCUCAAGGAGGGAACGAGUCUGGCGCACGUGGUUAAGCGGGUGAAGCCGCAUGUCCUGGUGGGGCUGACCGGAUCGGGCCAUCUGUUUGACGACGACGUGCUCAAGGCCAUGAAGAAUGCUGAUGUGUCGCGCCCGGCCGUCUUCGCGCUCUCCCAACCUGUCAAGCAAGUGAAACAAGGUGAGGCGCUAGGGGAUUGCUGGUUGGCCAAGGGAAGGAAGUUGAGUGGGGUGGGGCUGACCGGAUCGUCUGUUUGGGCCCAUCUGUUUGACGACGGCGUUCUCAAGGCCAUGAAGAACGCGGAUGUGUCUCGGCCUGCUGUCUUUGCUCUGUCGCAGCCAGUGAAACAAGCGGAGUGCACGGCACAGGACGCAUUCAAGCUGCUGGGCCCCAACGCGCUCUUUGCCAGUGGCUGCACCUUCCCGGACGUCCGAUUCCUCUUGCUCCUGCCUGCAACCCCCCUGCUACCCUCCUCUCCCCUCUUCACCAACUGCUGCACCUUCCUGGACGUCCGAUUCCGUGAGUCUUGCUCCUGCCUGCAACCCCCCUGCUACCCUCCUCUCCCCUCUUCACCGACUGCUGCACCUUCCCGGACGUCCGAUGCCGUGAGUCCUGCUCCUGCAUGCAGCCCCUCUGGUAUGCCCCUCUGGUAUGCCCCUCUGGUAUGCCCCUCUGGUAUGCCCCUCUGGUAUGCCCCUCUGGUAUGCCCCUCUGGUAUGCCCCUCUGGUAUGCCCCUCUGGUAUGCCCCUCUGGUAUGCCCCUCUGGUAUGCCCCUCUGGUAUGCCCCUCUGGUAUGCCCCUCUGGUAUGCCCCUCUGGUAUGCCCCUCUGGUAUGCCCCUCUGGUAUGCCCCUCUGGUAUGCCCCUCUGGUAUGCCCCUCUGGUAUGCCCCUCUGGUAUGCCCCUCUGGUAUGCCCCUCUGGUAUGCCCCUCUGGUAUGCCCCUCUGGUAUGCCCCUCUGGUAUGCCCCUCUGGUAUGCCCCUCUGGUAUGCCCCUCUGGUAUGCCCCUCUGGUAUGCCCCUCUGGUAUGCCCCUCUGGUAUGCCCCUCUGGUAUGCCCCUCUGGUAUGCCCCUCUGGUAUGCCCCUCUGGUAUGCCCCUCUGGUAUGCCCCUUCUAUCCUCUCCCUCCACACGAGCCAAGCCACCAACGUGUUCCUGUCUCUAG